GUUGUUUGAUUGUCUUUUUCAGUGGGUUGUGGUUUGAAUAUAUUGUUAAUGCUUUUUUUUUGUGGUCCCCCAUUGUUAAAGUCUUUUCUUACUUUAUAGGUUAAAAUAUAAUUGUUGUGUUGUACGUAAUGGAAGGAAAUUUUGAAGUUGUUUUUCACCAUGGUGGAAAGUUCAUAAAUGAAGGAAAACUUAAGUAUGAGGGGGAGAGUACAAGUUUAUCCUUUGACCCAGACAUGUGGAGCUAUUUCCUUGUAGUCGGUGUAAUAAAAGGUCUAGGUUAUGAUGGGUUUAAGGAGUUGUUGUACUGCGUUGGUGGUGGUUCUGUUUUGGAAAAUAGGUUGGAACCUUUGUUGGAUGACAUAGGAGCCAUGCACAUGAUUACCUUAGCCAGGCUUAAUGGUGAGGUUCAUCUAUUUGUUGUUCACAAUGUCUCUGAACCUGAGGUGAUAAAUAUGUUAGAAUAUAUUCCUCAAAAUACAGAUGAAGUAGAAGUUGAACCUGUAGGUAUGGUUAUGGGUGAAGGUGAAGAGGAAGGCGGGGGUAUGGUUGUUGAACCUGUUGUAGAAGAAAGAAUUGAGGCUGAUGAUGUUGUUGAAGGAGAAAUUGAAACAGAGGUUGGUGGGGGUGAAUGUGAACAACAUAGUGAAAGACAAUUUGAGGUGGCUGUUAAUGAAGGUGAGAGAGGACAGUGUGAUGGAAUCAAUGAAAGUGUUGUGGUGUCAGAACAAAGAGUUGAGGUUGAUGAUGUUGUUGAAGGAGUAAUUCAAACAGAAUGUGAACAACACAGUGAAAGUCAAUUUGAGGUGGCUGUUAAUGAAGGUGAGAGAGGUGAGGAUGAUGAUGUUGUUGAAGGACAAAUUGAAACACAUGUUGGUGUGGGUGAGGUUGAAGAGGAUGGUUGUGAUGUUCGAACCUGGACCAGUAGUGGUCAUGAUGAUGGCAAUGAGGAGGUUAAUUACGACUGUAUGGAAGGUCUGGUUGAUGUUAAUCUUGAGUGUGAUUUAGAAGAGGAGGUAGGAGACAGGGUGGCAGAUUGGUUUGGUAAUGUUGAAGUUGAUGUGCAAUCUGAUGAUAGUGAUGUGGAUGAUGGAAUCAAUAGUGAUCAUCAUAGAGGUUUGUCCGAUGAUGAAUGGAAAUCUGAUGAAUUAGACAGUGGAGCAGACAGUGGAGCAGAAGAUGAUGAAGAGGAGGGUUAUGGGAAGUUUGUAACCUUCUGCAUGCCUAAGACCAUGGUAGAUUAUAAAUGGGAUGUGGGAACUUAUUUUGCUAAGAAGGAAGACUUUGUGGAUGCCAUUAAAACAUAUGGAAUAGAAAAUAGCAGAAAUAUUAAAUAUAUUAAAAAUGAUAAGAAGAGAAUGAGGGUAAAAUGUAUGGGUGCUAAAGGAGAGUGCCCCUGGAUGGCAUAUUGUGCUUAUAUGGAAGCCAUUCAUACGUGGCAAUUAAGGACUAUUGUUGAUGACCACAUAUGUAGUAGAGAGCACAAAUUAAGAUUAGUUAAUGCAAAAUGGCUCAGUAAAAGGUUGGAAAAAAUUGUUAGAGAAAAUCCACAAGUAAAGGGAAAGGAAAUUCGUGAGAAGAUAAAUCGAAAAUGGAAUGUAGGUGUAUCUAGAUGUAUGGCUUAUAGGGCAAAGGCCAUUGCUUCAGACAAUGUUGAUGGGUCUUUCAAAGACCAAUAUAGAAGGAUUUAUGAUUAUGCCAAUGAGGUUUUAGCUCGUAAUCCAGGAUCCACAGUAAAAGUCAAAGUUCAAGAGAAUGUGGAUGGAAUCAGUUUUAUGAGGUUUUAUACAUGUCUAAAGGCCUGCAAGGAUAGUUUUGUGUCCUGCAGGCCAAUAAUUGGGUUGGAUGGUGCUUUUCUGAAAGGAAAGUAUGGUGGUGAAAUGUUAACUGCUGUUGGUAGAGACGCAAAUGAUCAAAUGUUACCUCUUGCGUAUGCCGUGGUCGAAGUAGAGAACAAGGAUACUUGGAAAUGGUUCCUCCAAUUUCUGGUUGAAGAUCUCGGUGGGGAGGAAGUAAGUUCAUCAUUUACAUUCAUGUCGGACCAGCAAAAGGGACUACUACAAGCUGUACAAGAAGUAGUGCCUGGAGUUGAUCAACGUUUCUGUGUUAGGCACUUAUACGCUAAUUUUAGAAAGAAAUUCCCUGGAAAACAACUCAAGCGUUUGAUGUGGAAGGCAGCUACAGCAACCCAUCCACAAGCAUGGGAAGCAGAAAUGAGAAAUAUUAAACAGCUUAACGAUGAGGCUUUCAAAUACUUGUUAAAAAUCCCUCCCAGGUACUGGUCAAGAUCAAGAUUUAGCAGCAAGGCUCAGUGUGAUACUUUGGUUAACAACUUGUCGGAGGCUUUCAAUAGUGUAAUGGUGCAUACAAGGUCUAAGCCAAUCGUAACCAUGAUGGAGGAAAUCCGGCUUUACUUGAUGAAGAGAUGGGCAACUAACAGGACAAAAAGUCAAUCACUUUCUGGGAACAUUUGUCCAAAAAUCAAGAGUAGACUAAAGAAGGAGUCUCAGUUAACUAAAUAUUGGAUACCGUGCUGGUCAGCAAACAAGAUUUUUGAAGUUCGCCAUGUGUCCCAAGCCGGUGAAAAAUUUGUAGUCAAUUUAGAUGAAAAUUUGUGUACAUGCAAGAAGUGGGAAAUCACUGCCAUACCAUGUUGCCACUCGUUAGCUGCUAUGAAAUUCCUAAAUCUUGAUGCAGAGGAAUUCAUUCCAUGUUGCUUUAGGAAGUCAACAUAUGAAGAAACAUACUCUUCAAUUAUCUAUCCAAUAAAUGGUAACAAUAUGUGGGAGAUUACCACAUAUGAAGAUGUUCUCCCUCCACCAAAAAGAACUUUGCCUGGAAGACCAAAGAAGAAGCGAAGGUUGGAGCAAUGGGAGUUGGUGAAGGAUGACAAAAGAAUGAGGAAGGGUGGUUUUAAGAAAAGAUGUGGCAUUUGUAAGGAACUCGGCCACAACAGGACUUCUUGCACCAAAGCACAACAAACACAACAAAGUACCCCAUCAACUCAACCAAACAUCCCAUCAUCAAAUGAAGAACAAGCUGCAGUUUAAGGGGAUAAAUGAACAACUUUAAUGUAUUUUUUAAUGUGUCUUUGUAUUAGACAGCAACUUCGUGCUCUUUUGUUGUAUUAGACAGUACUUUGGUUAUCUUAUGCUAAUUUU